UCGUGACGGAACCAGGUCGCCAUAAAGGAGGCGCACCUGGCGCGAGCCCAGAGGAGGAGAACCAGGUCGCUAUAAAGGAGGCGCGAGCAGCUGCUCCUCACAUCCCACAAUGAAGGCGCGUGCUCUGGUCUGCUGCUCCGCUCUGAUGCUGCUGCUGCGCGCCGGAGGAGCCAGGACCCCCCCAGACCUGCAGAGCCUGGAGCAGCUUCUGGAAGAGGAGAUCCACCCCGCGCCAUACUCCUCCUCAGAGGAGAAGAAGGAUGGACUCACAGACAAGUCAUGGUUCGGGGCUCCAGAGGACCAGGACCAGGACCCCUCCGACCCCAGCAACUCGGUCCUGGAGGCUAAAGAAAACCUCCUCGCGCGGCUCUUCAAAGACCUCCAGAGGACCUCCAAGCGCUCGUGGAGCCGGAACAAGAAGGGCGGCCUGAGGAGCUGCUUCGGGGUCCGGCUCGAGAGGAUCGGGUCCUUCAGCGGGCUCGGGUGCUGAAGGUCUGAAGGUCUGAAGCUGGAUCUCCAUCCGCGGGAGCGCGCGCAGCUCCUCGCGCUCAUGCACGUGCUCAGCUGUGUUUCUCUUGAUGUAUUAAAUGGUACUUUAUUGGA